UCAAUGGCAGAUAUAAACGAAUGUGGUAUGUCUCUACAAAAGCGAACUAUAUUAAGAGAAAGUUCAUUGCUUAUUAGUCUGGCUACUGAUUUUGAAAACGAAUACUGCGAAUCUAAAACGAAUGCUAGAACUAUAUCGAAAGCAGCAAUAUCAAAUCAUGUUCUAGAGAACCCUUGGCGACCACGGCUACCCGUAGAUGCGAAGCCUUUUCGCAGGAAAUUCAAAGAAUCAAGUGAAAAAUUACCCUUACUGAACAAGGUGUCUGAAGCUGUUAGCGAUAAUAACAAUAACUGUGCAACUACCCCUGCUGCACUAAGCAACCAACUUCCAGUCUUAAAAGACGAGUUCAAAUGCAACAUUUGUAGCCAGGUGUUUCUGUCUGACGAUGCGUUGACCACACAUAUGAGUCGACAUUCAAAAACUGCACGUUAUUCCUGUAACGAAUGCGGCAAAACAUUCUCACAGCUGCGCAACUUCAAGUACCAUAUGUCGAUUCACAGAGGCACUAGAGAGUUUGCAGCGACAUGCACUGUUUGUGGAAAGUAUUUCAACGACAGAGGAUACCUAAGCAGUCAUAUGAAAAUACAUAGAAAUCGUAAGGAAUACAAAUGUUCGCAAUGUCCGAAAUCUUUCAAUCAGCGUGUCGCUUAUAACAUGCACGUAAGAAUACAUACAGGUGUGAAGCCUCAUGUGUGCGAUCAGUGCGGCAAAGCGUUUUCCCGUAAGAUGCUCCUGAAGCAACAUCAGCGCACACAUUCGGGCGAACGACCUUACGCCUGUCCGCACUGCGACAAGCGGUUCGCUGACAGAUCCAACAUGACCCUCCACCUAAGACUCCAUACUGGUGUGAAGCCAUUUUCGUGUACGCUAUGUCCAAAAUCGUUUACGAAGAAACAUCAUCUUAAAUCUCAUUUAAACUUUCACACUGGUUCUAAGCCCUAUUCUUGCCCGCGUUGUAAGCUCGCAUUCACACAAUCUUCGAACAUGCGAACCCAUUACAAGAAAUGUACGGUCGCUGAUCCUAAUGACAAUUCUGAGUUGCCACCUCAAAAUUAGGAAAAUUAUUUCAGUUAUUUCACGGAAUUAUUUAUUUGUAUCACUUAAUAAAGUCUUAAACGAAGUGCAAAUAUUGUCACGUUUAUUUAACUUUAUUUAUAUUUGAAUUAUUAUAAUUGUUUAAAUUAAUUUAUGACUUUCAGUUUUAUUAAAUCGAUUCUUGUAAUAUCAAUUGCCGUAAGAUAAAUGAUCAAAUCUAGCAUUUCGAUCCCUGUCUAGGUCCGAAUGAAUCCAUGAAUCCUUAAGGUUUUUCCCUUCAUUUAUUCUUAAUAAAAUUAAUAUUCAUUUCUUAAAAUCUACACUGGUGGUAGGGUAUUUUAUGAGCCAGCACAGGUAGGUGCCACCACCCUGCCUAUUUCUCCGUAAAGCAGUAAUGCGCUUUGGUUUGAAGGGUGGGGUAGCUAUUAUACAAUGAAACUGAGUCUUAUAACUCGUGUCUCAUCAUUAUCAUCGCGGUAUCUACGAUCUUGAUGUCUAUGGGCUCCGAGAACCACUUAACACCAGGUAAGCUCGUGGACGUAAAAAGUACAUUUUAAAAUGGCGUUACAAUUAUCCCUCAUAACCAAAAAAACUCCAUGUUAUUAAAUUAAUUUAAAAAAAUGUUUUUUAUGUUAAUUCUCUGGAAUAUGUCAGUAUAUCCUGAGCUAGCUACCUUUCAUCUUAUUUAUUGUUUUGAAGUGUUUAAUUUAUAUCAUAGUUAUUUUAUAAGAGCCUAUUUAUAAUUAUAUUCAAUGCGUCAAGUAUGUA